GGCAGACCCUGGCAGAAGGGGCACGGGGCAGGGUGUGGGUUCACCGUUGGCAGGGCCAGGUGAGCUAUGUGGCCUCAGCUGCUCCUCUUGCUGCUGGCCCCACGGGGUGGGCAUGGCUGCCAUGGGCCGGAGCUGGACCGGGAACUUGUCCUGGCCAAGGUGAGGGCCUUGUUCCUGGAUGCCUUGGGAGCCCCCGCGGUGACUGGGGAAGGUGGGAAUCCUGGAGUCAGGCGUCUGCCCCGAAGACAUGCUGUGAGGGGCUUCACGCGCAGGGCCUCUGAGCCCGAGGAAGAGGAUGUCUCCCAGGCCAUCCUUUUCCCGGUUACAGGUGCCAGCCUCGGGGAUGAGCCAGCUGCCGGAGAGCUGGCCCAGGAGGCCAAGGAGGGCCUCUUCACGUAUGUGUUCCGGCCAUCGCAGCACACACGCAGCCGCCAGGUGACGUCGGCCCAGCUGUGGUUCCACACGGGACUGGACAGGCAGGAGACAGCAGCCACCAAUAGCUCUGGGCCCCUGCUAGGCCUGCUGGCACUGUCAUCCGGGGGUCCCACAGCUGUGCCCAUGUCACUGGGCCAGGCACCCCCUCGCUGGGCUGUGCUGCACCUGGCCGCCUCUGCCUUCCCUCUGCUGACCCAUCCCGUCCUGGUGCUCCUCCUGCACUGUCCUCUCUGUUCCUGCUCAGCGCGGCCCGAGGCCACCCCCUUCCUGGUGGCCCACACUCGGGCCAGGCCGCCCAGCGGAGGGGAGAGAGCCCGCCGCUCCACGCCCCCACUGCCCUGGCCUUGGUCUCCCGCCGCACUGCGCCUGCUGCAGAGGCCUCCGGAGGAACCCGCCGCGCAUGCCGACUGCCACAGAGCGGCCCUCAACAUCUCCUUCCAGGAGCUGGGCUGGGAACGGUGGAUCGUGCACCCUCCCAGUUUCAUCUUCCACUAUUGUCAUGGGGGCUGUGGGCUGUCCACCCCGCCGGACCUGUCCCUGCCAGUCCCCGGGGCACCGCCUACCCCUGUCCAGCCCCUGUCUUUGGUGCCAGGGGCCCAGCCCUGCUGCGCUGCUCUCCCAGGGACCAUGAGGCCCCUACGUGUCCGCACCACCUCGGAUGGAGGUUACUCUUUUAAGUAUGAGACGGUGCCCAACCUGCUCACGCAGCACUGUGCUUGCAUCUAAGGGAGUCCUGCUUAGUGGCCGAGUCCCCACCAUUACCAGCCUGGAGGAAGGGCAGGGUUCCCACCUCCCCGCUCCUUCCACCUCUCUGCCUGGAGGCUCCCCUCCCUAUCCCGUCCCUGUCCCACGGGUAACGUGACAAUAAACAGCAUAGUGCAUAUGA